CCUUUCUGGGCUCUUCUCCUUAGGAUUUCAACAGCAUCACAGAAAUAGCUGUUUUGCUCACGGUUAUUUCCCAGACCCAAAUGAUUUGUUGAAGUCACUAGAAGGCUGCGUGUCUCUUCUGAGUCCGUCUUUUCUCCUAAGGGCAGAUGAAAAGGCACAGAGCUUUGCACCUGUGAGGUUGUUUUCAUUCAUCCAGCUUGGCUUCCGUGGGUCACUUGAGGCGGGCUCCACUUUCCCCAAGGCAGCGGCAGAGGCUGCGCAGAGCUGGAGGCCCACGUGAACACAAGCAGCAAGAUGCCACGCCAGUUCCCCAAGUUGAACAUCUCGGAGGUGGAUGAGCAAGUCCGGCUCCUGGCUGAGAAGGUGUUUGCUAAAGUGCUGCGAGAAGAGGACAGCAAAGAUGCCCUGUCUCUCUUCACCGUCCCUGAGGACUGUCCCAUUGGGCAAAAGGAAGCCAAGGAGCGGGAGCUGCAGAAGGAGCUGGAGGAGCAGAAGUCUGUGGCGACCGUGAAAAGAAAGACAAGUUUCAAGAUGAUCCGGUCCCAGUCCUUGUCCCUGAAAAUGCCGACGCAGCAAGAUUGGAAGGGUCCCCCAUCGGCCAGCCCGGUCAUGUCUCCCUUGACCCCUGUGCUCUGUGGAGCCGCCUCCCAGCCCCUACCUGCACCCUCUGCCAUGCCCGAGUACCAGCGGGUCAUCAUCAGCGGAGAUUACUGUGCUGGGAUCACUGUGGAGGACUACGAGCAGGCCGCCAAGAGCCUGGCCAAGGCCCUGCUGAUCCGGGAGAAGUAUGCGCGGCUUGCCUACCACCGCUUUCCUCGGACCACAGCCCAGUACCUGGGUCACGGGCCAGCUAACGCUGAACUUCCGGACGAGGGUCUCCCAGACUUCUGCCCUCCCCCACUGCCCCAGGAGGACCCUUACUCCUUGGAUGAUGUACCUCCCAACCUGGACUACCUGGUCUGCAUGCAGGAGGGCAUCCUCUUUGUGUAUGAUGACAAGGAGAUGCUGGAGCGCCAGGAGCCCCACAGCCUGCCCUAUCCUGACUUGGAGACCUACACGGUAGACAUGAGCCACAUCCUGGCCCUCAUCACUGAUGGCCCCACGAAAACUUAUUGCCACCGGCGACUGAAUUUUCUAGAAUCCAAGUUCAAUCUUCAUGAGAUGUUAAAUGAAAUGGCUGAGUUCAAAGAGUUGAAGAGUAACCCCCACCGAGACUUCUAUAACGUGAGAAAGGUGGACACACACAUCCACGCAGCAGCCUGCAUGAACCAGAAGCACUUGCUGCGUUUCAUCCAGCACACAUACCAGACGGAGCCCGACAGGACUGUGGCUGAGAAGCGAGGCCAGAAGAUCACCCUGAGGCAGGUGUUCAACAACCUGCACAUGGACCCCUAUGACCUCACCGUGGAUUCGCUGGAUGUCCACGCGGACCGGCAGACAUUCCAUCGCUUUGACAAGUUCAACUCUAAAUAUAACCCAGUGGGGGCCAGUGAGCUGCGUGACCUGUAUUUAAAAACUGAAAACUACCUGGGAGGAGAGUACUUUGCUCGGAUGGUCAAGGAGGUGGCCCAGGAGCUGGAGGAGAGCAAGUACCAGUACUCAGAGCCACGGCUCUCCAUCUACGGCCGCAGCCAAGAGGAGUGGCAAAACCUGGCCCGCUGGUUCAUCCAGCACAAGGUCUACUCGCCCCACAUGCGCUGGGUCAUCCAGGUGCCCCGGAUCUAUGACAUAUUUAGAUCAAAGAAGCUGCUGCCAAGCUUUGGGAAGAUGCUGGAGAACAUCUUCCUUCCCCUUUUCAAGGCCACAAUCAACCCCCAAGACCACCGGGAGCUUCAUCUCUUCCUCAAAUAUGUGACAGGGUUUGACAGUGUGGAUGAUGAGUCCAAGCACAGUGACCACAUGUUCUCUGACAAGAGCCCGAGCCCAAAUGACUGGACAAGCAAACAGAACCCGCCCUACAGCUACUACCUGUAUUACAUGUAUGCCAACAUCAUGGUGCUCAACAACCUUCGCAGGGAACGAGGGCUGAGCACGUUCCUGUUCCGGCCUCACUGCGGGGAGGCUGGCUCCAUCACUCACCUGGUGUCUGCCUUCCUCACAGCCGACAACAUUUCCCACGGGCUGCUCCUCAAGAAGAGUCCAGUGUUGCAGUACCUCUACUACCUCGCCCAGGUCCCCAUUGCCAUGUCUCCUCUUAGCAACAACAGCCUUUUCCUGGAAUAUUCCAAGAACCCGCUGCGGGAAUUCCUGCACAAGGGGCUGCACGUCUCCCUCUCUACCGACGACCCCAUGCAGUUUCAUUACACAAAGGAAGCACUCAUGGAGGAAUACGCCAUCGCUGCGCAAGUGUGGAAGCUGAGCACGUGCGACCUGUGUGAGAUCGCGAGGAACAGCGUUCUGCAGAGUGGCCUCUCGCAUCAGGAAAAGCAGAAGUUUCUGGGAAAGAACUACUAUAAAGAAGGACCUGAGGGAAAUGAUAUUCGGAGGACGAAUGUUGCGCAGAUCCGGAUGGCAUUCCGACAUGAGACUCUAUGCAAUGAGCUCAGCUUCCUGUCUGAUGCCUUGAAAUCGGAAGAGAUCACAACCCUGCACAACUAGGUCCAGCAAUCAACUUCCAUCUGAACGUUUUGGUUUAUUUUCAGGCCAGUGGUCAAGAUACGAAACAAAGGGCUUCCUCUAUGAAGAGAAACCUUUGAAAGGUUUUCAGACUUGUGAUUUUGGUCGCACUGUUCACUUUAAAGACUGAACACGCUCACUUGUGUUAGUAUUUCUGAGUAAAGGAUUGGGUGACUUCUCCUUGGUGAUCUGGGAGCUGGCACUUGUCUACUUGUUCCUAAUUUUCCACGUAUUUCUUUUCUAACUGCCAGUGCCUAAAUUGUUGGGACCAGGAUUUUUCCGUGGUCAAAUGCCAAAAACCAUGAGGUGUUACGAUUUUCUGCCACACUCCUUUCUAUAGCACUGCAGGCAAACUGGUAACUGUUCAUUUCAGCCUCCGGCUGGCUGGAUGCCUUAAAUAGAAUCACCUUCAAAGCUCCCUUUCAUAAAGGGGCUAUUUUGUGAGAAAAUAGAAGACUCCGUUCUUGACAAUUUGUUGUCUACGAAUUUCUUAACCUGUUUAGCCCUCCUUGGUUCUAGUAGGAAGCCCUUUGUCCUCAUGAUCAUAGUCACCCCUACUUUGUGCUGGUCUCCUUGUCUUGAAUGUGAGGGUUUGGACAGGCACUGGUUUUCAAAUAUACUGUGAACCCCCUCGUGUACCACUCCAGGGUUGGGGAAGAAACUGAGGUUUUGGUGGCUGUCAAAGUGACUCUGCUUCCAUCAGUUUUACAUUGGGCCUGCUAAGUAUUUUGACUUGAAACAAGGACUCUGAAAACACAGGACCAGGUGAUCUCUGUUCCUUUUGGCUAUAAACAGCCUGUGUUUGUAGCCCAAUCACCAUUUACGCAUGCAAAGGUAGGCUAGUAAAGUGAAAUUUAUUCAAGGUCUCACUGCUAUUAAGACUACAACUAGGUCCAGUAGGUCUCAGAGAUGUUAACUUUUUAAAACCUAGCACAAUUUUGUUAAAGGCAAAAUUUCUCCUGUACCUAAGAUGGAGACUUCUGCAGAUGAUACAGUGGUCCCAAGGGCCAGGUUGAAGGCAUUUUUAAAAAUCAAUUUGCAGUUCAGCUUUAUCAGUGUACUCUUCAGUCUGUUCCCAGUGCCUAGUGCACAGUAGGUGCUCAAAUGCAUAUGGAAUGAAUGAAUUUCUCCUUGGGCAACCUUUUAAGGAUAUGUACACCGAUUACUCAACAAGCUGCUCAAGGGUUGUUCUAAGUAUUUGUGGGCAAACUCAUUCUAGGGAGUCUUUUUGAAUCAUUAUAAAGUUAGUGGAAGCCAGUUUUUGUCUGGAAUAGGCUUCCUUCAUUUUUGAUUGUCCUGUCCUAUGACUACGCCUGCCCACCCAGUGGUCAAUUUAGUGUAUGAACAAUGUAACCUUUUUUACUUGGCAAAUAUAUGUUAUCUUAUAGCUAAUUAUGAAUUUGUGAAGGCCAGUCCUUAGGGAUUAUUUUUGAAAUUCCUCCACUUGAAUACAUUUGCCCUAACAUAGCAAGUACUGUAUAGUUUUUCAUUAUUUUUUCUAGAUCAAGUAUUUUUUAAAUUAUUAAAGCGUCAGAACUGUGACUCAAUUUAAAACUAUUUCAAGUUAAUAUUUAAAGGAAACGUUUGUUUUUUAAAGACUGGACAUAAUGAAAAGUUAUCAGUAACUUAUUUUUUUACUGAGACAUGGAUGACAUUCACUAGUGAAGCUCACUAGACCCAGAAGGUAACCUCUGCUCCCUUUUUCUCUACUUCCAGCCUGCUACUAGCCCGUCAGCAAAGCCAUCAUCUUCAUUUCUUCUUCCUGGGGUUUUAUUAUAGCCUGUUCAGUCCGUAUGUGUUGAUUUUACCUUCUCACAAGCUUUCCAGACAGAUUUUUUCUUGAGCACUUUGUAUUUUUAUUUCAUCAUUGCACUUAACUAACUGGUCUUUGGGGUGAACCCCUGCUCUCCUUUGUGUCACCUGUGGCAUCAAAGGCAGUGGUAACCGUGCUUGGGUUUCUAAAGCAGUGCUAACCCAUACCUGUUCAAAGGGCUUCGGUUUGCUUUAUGUGUUACUUCAAAUUGUACAAAUGGUCACUGUCAUUACUCUGCCUGGUGAACACAAGUCUCAGCUUCUGGUUGAUAUUUACUGAGAUCUGUUCUGGCCUUUAUUGUUUUCCUGGAAUAAAGCAGAGUUGAAAGUA